CACCCUCGGAUUCUCUCUCUCUCUCCUCUGUCUGCUUUCACUGUCGCCGCUCUCUCUCUCUCUCUCUCUCUCUCUCUCUCUCUCUCUCUCUGUCUGCGUGUGUGUGUGAAAGGCAGAGCUUUUCAAGCGAUAGCAGAUCAGAGCGGUUACUGCUUUCCUUUCUCCGGGAGGCUCCGCCAUUGCAGUCGAAGGAAGCUGUAGCUUUUGAAGCUCUCGAAUCGUAGAGGAGGAGGGAAGAUGUCGAAGGUCCUGAGCAUCUUCAAGAAGCAGACUUCCCCCAAAGAUGCCCUCAGGACAAGCAAGCGAGAAAUGGCGGUCGCUACACGAGGUAUUGAACGGGAGAUUGCAUCCCUUCAGUUGGAGGAGAAGAAGUUAGUGGCAGAGAUCAAGAAAACAGCGAAGACGGGAAAUGAGGCAGCCACGAGAAUCUUGGCUCGUCAACUUGUCCGCCUACGUCAACAAAUAACUAACUUGCAAGGAAGUCGUGCCCAAAUUAGAGGUGUAGCAACCCACACUCAGGCAUUAUAUGCCAGCACGUCAAUUUCAACUGGCAUGAAGGGUGCAACUAAAGCAAUGGUGGCGAUGAACAAGCAAAUGGCACCUGCUAAACAAGCAAAGGUGAUAAAAGAGUUUCAGAAGCAAUCAGCGCAAAUGGACAUGACGAUUGAGAUGAUGUCAGAAUCUAUUGAUGAGACCCUGGACAAGGAUGAGGCAGAAGAGGAGACUGAGGAGCUCACUAACCAGGUUCUUGAUGAGAUCGGCGUCGACAUUGCAUCACAGCUAUCUUCUGCUCCAAAGGGACGUAUUGCUUCGAAGAAGGUUGAAAAUGUUGUUACCAGUACUGAAUCACCAGAUGUGGAGGAUCUCGAAAAGAGAUUGGCCUCACUUCGACGAAUCUGAUCAUCUUUCGAAGUUUGGUGAAGGUUGUUUACGAUAUAAAUGCAGGCAUAUAUGGGGGACAUGGUGUUAUAUUAGAUUUGGAUAUAUGAACGAUAAAAAGCAUUUGUAAAGGUGUUAUCAAAGUCUCUGUAGAGCUCAUAUACCGCUAAGCUGAGCUACAAAAAGUAUGAUCACCAAUGAGGACACGGUAUUUCAUGGCUCUUCAUAUGUUGUAGUGUUCGAGCUUCGGUACAUUACAAACUAGUUAAUAUAACGUGACAAUACAAGACAAUGCCGAUGCAUAUGCAUGCCAUGCACGUAGGAGCAUUCGUAGACUGAUUGGGUAGUUUUUUUAUUUUUACUCUCUUUUAAGAAAAUAAAAAAGAAAAAGAAUGGAGUUCUUGAUGACCA